AUGAACACGCCGCUCUUCCACCUGUGGCUCCUCCUAGGCUGGGUUCUGGUGGGCUCCGCGGCGACUCCGCGGCGCAGGCCUUCCUUCCAGGGCCACGUCUCCGAGAACCGGCCGGCGGGCACUCGGGUGAGCGGCUUGAGCAUCCCGCUGAGCCGCCUGGGGCCGGAGCCGUGGUGCGCCAAGGUGCGAGGGCGGCGCUGGCACCUGCAGUUGCUGGGCGAGGAGCAGGCGCACUUCCAGGCGGCACUGCACGCGCGCUCUGGCCAAGUUUGGGUGCGCACCACGCGGCCCCUAGACCGCGAGGCCCGCGCCCUCUACGCCCUGCGCCUGGCUUUGUGCUGCAACCGCUGCUCGCCCUCCUCGUCUCCUCCCUCCUCCUCGCGCGCCGCGGGUCGGAGCGCGCCGUCUGAGCUGGCCGCGGUCACCAUCGCUGUGCUGGACGCCAACGACAACGCGCCACGCUUCGCCUCUGGGCCCAGUCAAGUGGUGACGCGCCUCCGCCUGGCAGAGACGCUGGCCCUCCGGGCGCAAGUCUGGCGAGCGGUGGCCGAGGACUCAGACGCCGGUGCCAACGCGGAGCUGCGCUACUUCGCGCGUCCGGCCAGCGCGCACUUCUUCGUGGUGCCCCGCAGCGGGCGCGUGGUGCUGGUGCGCUCGCUCCUCCACCGCCGCGCGCCCAUCCCUCUGCGCCUCUUCGCCCGCGACCGCGGCCAGCCCUCCCUCCUCAGCGCCCCGCUCGACCUCGAGGUCCUGCCGCAGCCUGUCGAGCUGCCCCGCGUCGCCAGCCGGCGGGGACGCAGCCGCCGCCGCGCCUUGCUCCCGCCGCAGACUCCGCUGGCCCUCGCCCUGGCCGAGGACGCCCGGCCCGGCACCCUCCUAGCCGCGUUGGGACCCGUUGCCCGUUUCGCCGCGGCGCGCUUCGAGCUGGUCUCGCCGCCAUCCAACGAGGCCCCCGUGCGGGUGGACAGGGACACCGGCGAGAUCACCUUGGCCAGGAGCCUGGACAGGGAGGCAGCGGCCAGGUGGGAGAUCGUCUGCCGAGUCCAGGAGAGAGCAGGAAAGAAUUGGUAUCUGGUGCAUUUAGAACUUACAGUGACAGAUGUAAACGACAAUGCCCCUGAAUGGAUCAUGGAGCCUUUCCCCUACUUAGCCACUGUUUCUCCUGAAGCCACAGCAGGUACUAACGUGUACAAGCUCUUGGCCAAGGAUCAAGAUGAAGAAGAAAAUGGAGCCAUUGAGUAUUUCCUUGUAGAAGGUGGAGACGAUAGAUUUGAAGUUGAAAAAGACACUGGUUGGAUUAAAACAACAGGGUUGCCCCUGGUAAAGAAGUGGGAGUAUUCACUGACUGUGCUUGCAGCUGACAAACCUGGUCGCCAAGGAUCCCCUGCCUGUGUUUCUGUGGUUGCUGGGCAUCGAGCACCACAAUUUGCCAACACAUCAUAUGCUGUUUACAUUUCUGAAAAUACGCCACUGGGAGAAUCGUUUUUGACAGUGUCCGCUCUGUCACAUCAAAACAAGUCCCUUAGUUACAGCCUCAUAAGCAAUCCAAACGGCCUGUUUGGCAUUCACCAGGCAACAGGUGAUAUCCACUUCAGUCGAAAUGUGGAUUACGAGAGUGAUCCACACCAGUACCUCCUUCUGGUCCAAGCCAGAGAAAACCAGGGACUACUCAGUAGCGCAGCUGAGGUUUGGGUUGUAAUCACCGAUGUGAACGAGUGUGCUCCGGAAUUCCAGCAGUCAAUCUACACCAAAGACAAUGUUCCUGAAACUGUGACUGUAACAACUGCACUUCUACAAGUGUCAGCCAGUGAUUGUGAUUCUGAAGAAAAUGCAGAAAUACUGUAUUACACUUUGAGCUCAGAGUUCAGCACUUCUGCUCAUGGCACCAUCUUCCCAGCAACAGAGUUGGAUUACGAGAGGCCUAACCAUCUGUAUGAGUUUGCCAUUAUGGCUGUAGAUAAAGGAGAACCACCGAGAACUGGGAUGGCAACCAUCAGGAUCCGUCUCUCAAACGUCAAUGAUGAAGUUCCCAGGUUUUCACAAACAAUCUAUAGGAGUUUCGUUUCUGAGGAUGCAGGUCCCAACACGCUGAUAGCCACAGUUCAUGCUAUAGACCCUGAUGGAGAUGGCGUCUCUUACAGUAUUACUGGAGGGAAUCAAAAGGGGAACUUUAUUAUCGACCCUCAGACAGGAUUAAUUCGUCUUCGUUCAAGCCCACUUCCUAAACUGCAGGGUCCAGAGUAUAUACUUAAUGUCACAGCUACAGAUGACAAUGCCUCUGGUGGGCCUCGCUCCCUUGCAAGCACUGCUCUGGUUUCUGUGCAUGUCGAUGAUGUCAAUAAUAACAAACCUGUAUUUCAGAAGUGUCAGCAUUAUCGUGAACAUGCCUCUGUGCUAGAGAACCAGCCAGCGGGAACUUUUGUUUUACAAGUAGAGGCAACAGAUGCAGAUGAAGGGGCCAAUGGCAGAGUGAAAUAUGGCUUGUUGCAGAGAGAUGGGACUCUCCCUGCUUUUAAUAUUCACCCUGACAAAGGGAUUUUGACAACACUCCAGAUAUUGGACCGAGAAAAGCAGAGAGAGCAUCCUGUUACUGUGACAGCAACGGACCAGGCUACGGAGCCACUCAUAGGGAUCUGUCAGAUCAACGUGGUGGUCUUGGAUGUAAACGAUAACAGCCCCAGAUUUGAAAACACCCAUUAUGAAUAUUUCCUGAGAGAAGACACGAAUGUUGGGACAAGCUUUCUUCGUGUCGUCGCUCACGAUGAGGACUAUGGUUCAAAUGCUUCAAUUACGUAUUCUGCAGCCAGUGGAAAAAUGAAAUACUUCCAGGUCAAUCCCACAACAGGCUGGGUCUACGUCAACCAACCCUUACUACAGAAAUCCUUUAUAACUCAAGAAGUCAUAGCAAUGGAUGGAGGAAACAGGAGCAGUAAGGCUGAACUUAGAGUUACCGUCACCAGUGCAAAAAAUCAGCCCCCUCAGUGGGAAAGGGACAGCUAUGAAGUCAUCAUUCCAGAGAAUACAACAAGGGAUACUGCCAUUGUGACAAUUAAAGCAACAUCCCCCCUUGGCGACCCGCGCAUAACAUAUAAUCUAGAAGAGGAAUUGGUUCCAGAGACCAACAUGCCAAUCCGAUUCUACUUGACUCCAAACAGAGAUGACGGUUCUGUAUCUAUCCUCAUAGCCGAGCCUUUGGAUUAUGAAACCACCAAGGCCUUUUUGUUGAGAAUCCAAGCACAGAAUGUUGCUGCAGUGCCGCUAGCUGCAUUUGCCACUGUCUAUGUUAAUGUGACAGAUGUCAACGACAAUGUCCCUUUUUUCACCUCAUCAAUUUAUGAAGCUUCUGUAACGGAAGGAACAGAGGUUGGAACUUUGGUUUUCCAAGUUUCUGCCACCGACCUAGACCUUGGCCGACAUGGUGAGAUCACUUAUUCUCUGCUACCCGAUCAUAGUGGUGAUUAUAUGUUUUUCCACUUGGAUUCAAAAACAGGUUCAAUCUAUACCACCUCCGUGUUUGAUCGAGAAAGGAAAGCAUCCUACCUGUUGGAAGUCAAGUCCACAGAUGGCUCAGAAUCAGCUCGCCCAGGAAAACAUGGGCAGCCAAAUACUGACACUGCCUACGUGCGCAUUUUUAUCAGUGACGUCAACGACAACAAGCCCGUCUUCACGAAGAGAGUCUAUGAAGUUAAUGUGGAUGAAGACCAAGAUGUGGGAUCAACUGUCAUUGCCGUCAGCGCUAAUGAUGAAGACGAAGGAACUAACGCCAAGUUAAGGUACCAGAUAACAGCUGGAAACAGUGGAGGAGUAUUUGAUGUCGAACCAGAAACAGGAGUCAUCUUUAUUGCACAGCCACUGGAUUAUGAAGAAGCUCAGCUGUACGAGCUUCAUCUGUUGGCUUCUGAUGGAAAAUGGGAGGAUUAUGCCAUUGUAAUCAUCAGUGUUAUGAAUAAAAAUGAUGAAGCACCUGUAUUCACUCUUCAUGAAUAUUAUGGAAGUGUGACUGAGGAACUGGAUGGUCUUCCAGUCUUCGUUCUUCAGGUUAUAGCAAAUGACCCUGAUAGUAUCAUGGAUGGAGGCGAUCUAAGAUACUCUUUGCAUGGAUAUGGUGCAGAUGAUGUCUUCACAAUAGAUGAGAACUCAGGCAGCAUUUAUUCCCAGAAGAUGUUAGACCGGGAAGAGCGAGCCCUCUGGAGAUUUGUUGUGCUGGCAACUGAUGAAGGAGGAGAAGGGCUUACUGGAUUUGCAGAUGUGAUUAUAAACAUCUGGGAUAUAAAUGAUAAUGCCCCAGUGUUCACCUGUAUGCCCAGCGACUGUAAUGGGAGUGUCUUUGAAAAUUCUCCUGAAGGCACGUUCAUCAUGGAGAUGACAGCCGUAGACUUGGAUGACUCAAAUGUAGGUCUCAAUGCAAUUUUGACUUACUGUAUAAUUGAGAGUGUGAGAAAUGACUUUGAUAUAGACUUGUUCAAAAUCAGUCCCAGUACUGGAAACAUCUGCGUAGCAGGAGGGACACUGGAUAGAGAGAAGGCGGAAAAGUAUUUCCUUACAGUUGAAGCAAAAGAUGGGGGAGGACUGACAGGAACAGGCACUGCCACCAUCUGGAUUGCAGAUGUAAAUGAUCAUAUCCCUAAAUUCAUGCAGGAAGUGUGGCACGCUGCAAUCCCCGAAACCAGUGCUGUCAACUCGGAGAUUCUGGAAGUGUCGGCGACGGAUGAAGACAGGGGGGGAAAUGCUCACUUAACCUUCACCAUUAUUGGGGGAGAUCCAGAACAGAUGUUUUACAUUGAAAGCCAUAAAGAAGGCCACCAUGCUACUAUCAGGCUGAAAAAGACUUUGGAUUAUGAGCAAAUCCAUGAAAGGUGGUUUAACCUUACAAUCAAAGUGGAAGACUUAGCUUUUUCUAGCACUGCCUUUUGCUUGAUUGAAGUAGAAGACCGUAAUGACCACAGCCCUGUUUUCAGUUCUCAGUUUGUCCAGCUGAGCCCUUUCUUUGAAAGCAUACCUGUGGGUACCACCAUAAUCACAGUAGCAGCCAUGGAUGAGGAUUCUGGUUUGAAUGGGAAUAUUGAAUAUUCCAUCCAGUUGGAUUCUGAUCCAGCUAGGCAAUUCGCCAUAGACCAAGAUGGCCAUGUGACUGUGGCUAAAGCACUGGAUCGGGAGGUCACCCAGGAGUAUAGUUUAAUCAUACAGGCUUCUGAUCAAGGCCUUCCUUCCCAAACAGGAAGUGUUACAAUAUUGAUUGACUUGCUGGAUGUCAAUGACAAUGGGCCAAGGUUUGAGGCACCAUACAUGCCUGUAGUAUGGGAAAAUACUCCCGGACCUCAGCUGGUUUACAUGAGCCCCACAUCCAAUCUCCUUUGGGCUUUUGAUCCAGACAGUGAUGAGAAUGGGCCACCUUUUAUGUUUUUCUUGCCACCAGAUUAUAAGGAUUCUUUGGAUUUCUCUCUUACUGACAAUGGAAAUAAUACUGCAACAAUUACUGCUCUGAGGUCCUUUGACAGAGAGAAACAAAAGGUGUUCCAUCUACCCAUUAUUAUAACUGACAGUGGGAGCCCACCUAUGAGUUCUACGAACAUCUUGACUAUAACUAUUGGUGAUGAAAAUGAUAACAGCCAUAAAGCUGGUCAUAAAGUAGUCUAUGUUUAUGUACACAGAGGAAAAUGGUCAACAACAGUGCUUGGGGAAGUGUUUGCACCCGAUUUGGAUGACUGGGACAAUAAAACAUUUGUCUCUGAAGGAAAAAUGCACAAAUCUUUCAGACUGAAUCAAAGGACUGGCUCUCUGAUAAUGGCGGAUAAUGCUUCUCAGGGAACAUAUGAGUUUAAAAUCAGAGUGUCAGACGGAAUUUGGCCUGACGUUAUAGCAACUGUAGAGGUACAUGUCAAAGAAAUAGAAAAUGAAGCCAUUCGGAAUUCAGCAAGUGUGCGCCUGGCAGACAUGACUGCAGAUGAGUUUAUAAGGAAAGAUGAACCUGAAGAAAGCAGACACGACAAGUUUAAGGACCUGCUAUCAGGGAUCUUCUUGGUCCGUCCCGAGGACAUCCUUGUUUUCAGCCUGACAAGUAUCCAUGAGACACAGACAGAUGUGAGAUUUGCAGUUCAAAAUGGCUCUUCCUAUUAUAGGCCAGAAAAACUGCUAGGGCAGAUGGCUGCCUUUAAGUACAAGUUGGCUUUCGGCGCGAACCUUUCUCAGAUUGAUGUAGGUGAAUGCCACAGGACAGACUGUAGCGGUAGCAGCGGGUGUGUGAACUACUUCACGGUGAGUGACAUCCCCACAGUGAUGGACACAGGAAGUGUGUCACUUGUCUCCAUAACAACCAGCGUCAGCGCUGUCUGCACCUGUGCAUCUAGAGAGAGAGUUCAUCGGCCAUGUAGUUCGUACUCUCACAACCCAUGUUUCAAUGGAGGGACUUGCAUUGACAUGCUGAAUGGUUACAGAUGUCAGUGUUCUGCUUCAUUUCAUGGACCAGAUUGCCAGCAAACAAAGCACAGUUUCCAUGGAAAUGGCUAUGCGUGGUUCCGUCCCAUCAGAUCUUGUUUUGAGAGUUCCCUCUCCCUUGAGUUCAUUACUGAUGUUCCAGAUGGGCUUUUGCUAUACAGCGGUCCUUUGUCAGAUUCAGGAUCACUUCAGAACUCAGAAAGCUUCAUUGCAAUAGAACUUUCCAGUGGCACUCCACUGCUGAAAAUAAACCAUGGCCUGGGCACUGUAGAACUACAUUUGCCUAGUUAUGUGAAUAUUACAGACAAAAGAUGGCAUCGGCUCGAAGUGAGAAGCAGCAGGCAGGAUGUUCGAUUUACAUUGGAUCACUGCGGAGCUGGGAUUGUGUCAGAGAUAGAGGGAGUAGGAAAAUGGCUGUCUACUGAAGACCGAACAAACUGUGAGGUUGUGGCCUUUGUUCCACAAACAAGGAGGUAUCUGAAUAUGAACCAGGUCCUCCAGUUGGGUGGAGUAAAAGAAUCUAUUCCAUAUUCAUAUCCCCAGUUGCGACAUAAACAUUUUACCGGUUGUAUUCGGAAUCUCAUGGUGGACACUCACGUGUAUGACCUUGAAUCUCCAGCCGAGUCUCUGAAUAGCUCUCCUGGCUGCACCUUUACAGAUGGCAGCUGCGAGAAGAUGGGCUCCUUUCCCUGUGGUGUUCAUGGGCAAUGCUUUGGCGAAUGGGACUCAUUUACCUGCCACUGCUUGCCAGGUUACUAUGGCUCCACAUGUGACAAAGUUGCUGAAGAAUACUCUUUUGGGCCUGGGAGUCACAUAUCCUAUCAGCUUCCUGUCUCCAUACCUGCCCGUCGAACACUAGCAGAAGCCACGAUAAGGAUGCGAGAGCCCAGUGGUAUCAUCAUGAGCAUGUCUUCCUGGAAGAAGGAUGAACACAUCACCCUGCAGGUGGUCCAGGGGUUUUUAGCAGUGUCUUACAACCUGGGAGAUGGAGCAGUUGCUGUUAGCCUUCCCUCCUACCAAGUUGAUAAUGGAGAGUGGCAUCACGUUUUCCUGGAGAGAAAUGAAAAUGAGUUCAUUCUUCGCCUGGAUGGAGGAGGUGGGAAGAGAGAAAUCCUGAGGGCAGCAGGCGUCUAUAAAGAGAUCAUCAUUGAUCCCAACAGCUUGGUGGUUGGCAACACGUACCCUGUCAAUCAAAGCCACAGUUUCCAAGGAUGCAUGAAGGAUGUCAGAUUCAAUAACUACAGGCUACCUCUAGAUUCUUAUCCUAAGGAGCUUGUAUUGAGCACCCAAGGAGUGAAAAAAGGCUGCCUUUCUGAAGCUUGCAAGAGCAAUCCCUGCAGCCAGCAAUUCAUUUGUAUCGAUUUGUGGAUGAUGCAUGAAUGCAGUUGCCCUUCAGGACACAUGUUGGUGGAGAAUGUCACCGGCCAGCACUGCAUUUACACUGCAUGUGCUCAAAGGCCCUGUAACUUUGGCACAUGCAUCUCCCAGUCUGCAAGCAAGUUCCGAUGCCACUGCCCCGAUGGCUACUCUGGCCAUAACUGUGAAAUCACGCUGGCGAUCUUCCACAAAGAUGCUGGGCUGAGUUUUAGCUCCAUGUUUGCCAUCUGCAUUUGCUUUUUGGCCCUUCUAGUUCUGCUCAGUGGUGUUCUCCUGUGGACUCGGUGGAAGAGUCACAAAAGUGUGAACGGAGGAAUCUACCACGCCACUACCUGUCAUGAUGACUUGGAGGACAUCCGAGAGAACAUUCUCAACUAUAACGAGGAAGGGGGAGGGGAGCAGGAUCAAGAUGCAUACAACAUGGCCGAGCUCCAGAUGUCCCUUCAAACCAGCCCAGCCUACUCCCUCUAUCAGAAGAAAGGGAAACGGGUAGAGCUGCAUAAUCCUUUGAGCUGCGAGUUCAGUCCAAAGGAGCGUCUGGAAGCCCUUUCGGCAGGACUGGGCUCCUCCUUCUCAAGCAUUGAUUUUGAAUGUUACCUUUCAGGGGUGGUGAGACACAUGGACCAACAGCACCAUGCUCUACCCUGCGAUUCCUUGCAAGUCUUUUACACCGAAGGGGAAUGUUCAGAAGCCAGCAGCCUAAGUUCCCUUGGGUCCAGUGGAUGGGACGAAGAUACAACGUAUGGGGAUAUGAAAGAGUGGGGCCCAAAGUUUGAGAAACUCAGUGAACUCUAUUUGCAUGCAGAGGCCAAUGAUGUUUAG